CCGGCUUCCGACCUUUUUCACCUGGCCCAGCAAAAUCCAUAUCUCACUUUCUCCUCGCGCAGUCAACGCCGCCUGCACUCCACUCCCACCCCCGACCAUGGCCGCCAUCGUCGAGCAAGUCAUGGGGUGGUUCCCCGAGGCCGGCGGUGCCCAAGCCAUCGCAAAGCCCCCCUCCCUCUCCGCCGCCGCUGGCUACGACGGCGAGGACCGCGUCAGCGCCCUCCCGGACGAUCUCCUCCGCAACAUCGUCUCACGCCUCGUCCUCAAGGACGCCGCCCGCACCGCCUCCCUCGCCUCCCGCUGGCGCCACCUCUGGAAAUCAGCCCCGCUCGUCCUCCGCGACGUAGAUCUGCCCCGGCCCGCGGUCGGCCGCGUCCUCGCCGACCACUCGGGUCCCUUCCGCGGCGCCACCUUCGCCCGCUGCCGGUUCGCGUACCACGGGCGCGCGCUCGCCGACUGGCCGCGCCUCCUCGCCUCCAAGGGCGUCGAGGACCUCGUCCUCGUCGACAAUGUCUGCGACCCCACCGCCGACACCCUGCCCCUCCCCGCCGACGUCCUCCGCUGCGCCUCGCUCCAGCGCCUCUUCCUGGGCUUCUGGACCUUCCCGGACACAGCCGGCCUACCCCGCGGCGCCGGCGUGUUCCCCUACCUCCGGGAGCUCUACAUGUUCCUAAUCACCAUCACCGACCGUGGCCUCGACUACAUGCUCGCCUGCAGCCCGGUCCUCGAGACCCUCGCGCUCAUCUUCAACAAGACGCCCGAGCGCGUCCUCCUCCGCAGCAAAAGCCUGCGGUGCGUGCUCCUCUGGUUGUCCAUGGUGGAGGGGGAGGUCGCCGUGGUGGACGCGCCGCUCCUGGAGCGGCUCGUCCUGUUUGAAGCGCCUACUGGAGGUUCUGGUGAAGGUGAUGGGGUCCUGGUGAAGGUCAAGAUUGCUUGUGCACCCAAACUGCGGGUCCUCGGUUACUUGGAGCCAAGAAUCCACCAGCUGCACAUCGGUGACAAAGUCAUCAAGCCUAACACAAGGGCGAGCCCGAGCACCAUGGUUCCAGGCGUCAAGAUAUUGGGCCUGAAGGUUAACUUUGGUGCCUUGGAGGAGGUCAAGAUGCUGGUCAGCUGCCUCAGGUGCUUUCCCAACGUUGAGAUACUGCACAUCGAGUCUGCUCCAGCCGAUGGACCCACUGGACGGCACCUUGCCAAGUUCUGGAGGGAGGUCCGUCCUGUUAACUGCAUCAAGUCACACGUCAAGAAGGUCUAUGUCCAUGAGUUCCGCGGCGAUCAGAGUGAAUUUGAGUUCAUCAAGUUCAUUGGCAGCAACGCGCAGCAGCUGCAGGCUGCACUGGUUGUGCUGACCAAAGAAAAAUUUGAUUCGGCGGAUCAGGCUAAUGAGCUGACACGCAAAUUGGGGGAUCACACCUAUCACCCAUGGGCCGAAGAGACUUCAUCGGGAGUUACAACUACAACGUCAUUAAGCAUGCUAAACCUUUGUGUUAUACACAUGUGGAGCCUCAACGAAAGUCCAUGCUUUGUCUUUGAUGUUGCACAGAAGUUAUUUCUGCAUUAUAAUUAUGAUGACCCUAAAUACGAGGGUGCCAAUAAAUCAGGAUGCAGCAUCGUCUCACGCCUCCCCGUCAAGGACGCCGCCCGCACCUCCUCCCUCGCCUCCCGUUGGCGCCACCUCUGGCGCUCCACCCCGCUCUCCCUCAACGACGCCGACCUGCCCCGAUCCAUCGUCGCCCGCGUCCUUUCCGACCACCCGGGCCCCUUCCGCGCCAUCCACAUCACCCGCUGCCGGUUCGCGUCCCACGAGCGCGAGAUCGCAGAGUGGCCGCGCCUCUUCGCUGCCAAUGGCAUCCAGGACCUCGUCCUCGUCAACGACGCCGACCUCGCCAGCCCGGCUCUGGAGAAGCUCGCGUUCGUACUCAGCUGUACACCCGAUCUCAUCCACCUACGGAGCAGAAGCCUCCGGUGCGUGCUCCUCUGGAUUUUCUUGGCGGACGAGGUUGCCGUGGUGGAUGCCCCGCUCCUGGAGCGGCUCUUCUUGCUGGAAGCGCCCCGUGGAGAAGGUGCUGAGAGUACUAUGAUGAUCAAGAUUGCUCAUGCGCCCAAGCUGCAGGUGCUCGGCUUCUUGGAGCCAGGAUUUCACCGGCUGCAGAUCGGCGACAAUGUCAUUGAGCCUGGCACAAAGCCGAGCCCAAGCACAGUGCUUCCAAGCGUCAAGAUAUUGGCAUUUAAAGUUAAUUUUGGUGUCAUAGAGGAUGUCAAGAUGCUGGUGGCCUACCUCAGAUGCUUUCCCAACAUUGAGACGCUGCACAUCGAGUCUUUAACUGAACCCACUGGAAGGAACCAUGCCAAGUUCUGGCAGGAGCUCCCUACUAUUGAAUGCAUCAAGUCCCACGUCAAGAAGAUGGUUAUCCAUGAAUACAGAGGGAACAAAGUUGAACUUGAAUUCCUCAAGUUCAUCUCCACGAGAGCGCAAGAGCUCCAAGCUUUGUAUGUUCUGCUAAACAGAGAGAGUCUUACUUCGGUGGCCAAGGCGGAAAAGAUGACAAGCAAAUUGGUGGCUCUCUCGGGUGUUCCAUGGGGCUGUGAUUGUAAGAUGAUGGUGCUAGGCCCUAAAUAUCAGAAUGAAUGGAGCAUCCAGAAAGCAUCUGAUCUUACCGUCGACGACCCUUUUUUCCAUUGGUGCCGACUGCUCCAUGCUUGUGGCCGCAAAUUCGCCAAGCUAGUCAAGGUCCCACGCCACAUAAGAGGCUAUACUCCAGCGAGCAAACGUAAGCCUCUCCUCACGCAGCCAACAUACAUUACACAGAUGCGAGCAUCGAGUGACAUGGCCCGUUCAUGCAUUCCGGUCAUGCUCAUGGCCACCAGCUUGCUGCUAAUGCCGUUCGUGGCUGUUUCAUCUCCUGCUCCGAGCAACAACACCGACCUUGCCGCGCUGCUGGCUUUCAAAUCCCAGUUGUCCGGCCAAAAUUUGGCCGAUAACUGGACAACUGAUGUGUCCUUCUGCACCUGGACCGGUGUGUCGUGCAGCCGGCGCCACCACCAGCGUGUCACCGCUUUGGAGCUGCCGGACAUUCCCCUCCAAGGAGAGCUCAGCCCUCACCUCGGUAACCUCUCUUUCCUCCACACCCUCAACCUAACCAACACAAACCUCACCGGUUCCAUCCCAGCUGACCUUGGAAGAUUAGCUCGUCUUAGGUAUCUUGGUCUUGGCCACAAUAGCCUAUCGGAUACAAUCCCAUCUACCAUUGGAAACCUCACCAGGCUCCAGUAUCUGGUCCUAAGUUUCAACCAGCUCUCUGGGCAGAUCCCCACUGAGGUGCGAAACAUGCGUAGCCUUACGUUCCUCUCUCUCCAAAGAAAUUCCAUUACCGGCCUCACGCCAAAUUUUUCAUUUGAUAGCACACCUUCACUGAGCCACAUCGAUAUUCGGAACAAUAGUCUGUCCGGCCCAAUACCAUCUGGUAUUGGCUCCUUGCUCCUGCUCCAGGUUCUUCGCUUGAACUGGAACCUGCUCUCCGGUCCAGUACCUCCUACCAUCUUCAACAUGUCUAGGAUUGUUGACUUGCGUCUGGGGCACAACAAUCUAACAGGUCAUAUACCUAGCAAUAGAAGCUUUAGUCUCCCCAUGUUGCUAAUACUUAAUCUUUAUGAGAACAAAUUCGAGGGUCAAAUUCCAUUGGGCCUUGCAUCAUGCCAGCACCUUAGGGAACUUAUCAUUCCUGGAAAUCUAUUCGUGGAUGUGGUGCCGACAUGGCUGGCUUCGCUACCACGGCUUACUGCAAUUUCUAUGGGUGGCAAUGCCCUAGUUGGCCCGAUCCCACCUGUGCUUGGAAAUCUCACCAUGCUCAGCGCACUUGACAUCGCAGACUCCAACUUAAGCGGAGAUAUUCCUGUGGAAUUGGGAGAACUGAGACAACUCACUUGGCUGCACCUUGCAAACAAUCAGCUAACAGGUCCCUUCCCAAAAUUUCUAGGAAAUUCGACAAAAAUGUCUUCCUUAGAUUUGAGUGUCAAUCAACUGACUGGACCAGUACCGUUAACACUUGGAAAUAACAGGCCUCUUAUCGUUCUCUAUAUUCAAGAGAAUCAUCUCCAAGGGGAUCUUAGUUUCUUGGCCAGCCUUUGCAAUUGUCAACAACUUCAAGUCCUUGUCAUAUCGAAUAAUUCUUUCACUGGGAGUAUCCCUAGCUAUUUUGGUAACCUCUCGACUAACCUGGUAAUAUUUGGAGCAGAUAACAACCGUUUGGUUGGUGGGCUUCCAACAACACUAUCAAAUCUUACCGGUCUUCGUGUGAUAAGCUUUUCCAACAACUAUCUUACCAAAGAAAUACCAGAAUCCAUUCUUAAGUUGGAGAAUCUCCAGGCACUUGUUCUCUCUGGAAAUAGAAUGGCUGGCCAAAUCCCUGUACAAAUUGGUAUGCUGGGAAGUAUCGUACAGUUAAUACUCAGGGACAAUAUGUUAUCUGGCUCCAUACCAGAUGCCAUGGGAAACCUCACCAUGUUAGCUGAGGUUUUAUUAUCUUAUAAUCAUUUAUCUUCGACCAUACCAUCAAGCUUGUUUUAUCACAGGAACCUUAUGAAACUAGAUAUGUCAUAUAACUCCCUAACUGGUACAUUACCUUCUGAUCUUAGCCAUAUGCAAAAUAUGGACUGGAUAGAUCUUUCUAGUAACCUCUUGUCUGGUAGCCUUCCAGGUUCAUUUGGACAGGUUGCCAUAUUAUUAACCUACCUAAAUCUUUCGCACAACUCAUUUAAGGGUUUAGUUCCAAACUCUUUCAGCCAAUUAACCAACUUAGAAACACUGGACCUAUCCUCAAAUAAUCUUUCAGGUACGAUACCAGACUACCUUGUUAACUUCACUUACCUUUCUUCUUUGAACCUCUCCUUCAAUAGGUUAGAAGGGCAAAUACCAAAUGGAGGUGUUUUUUCGAACCUCACCUUACAAUCUUUGAUGGGGAAUGUUGGGCUAUGUGGCGCUCCUCGUCUCGGACUGUCACCGUGCCUGCACAAGUCUAACUUGACUUAUAGUCGACACAUCCACAAGUUUAUACUCCUGGUUGUCAUCAUUGGAGUUGGUGCAUUUGCAGCCACCAUUUACCUAAUGAUCAGAAAGAAAAAUAAGAAACAUUCUUAUGGUACGACUUCUACUAGCAUGACUGAUCUGAUCAGCCAUAGGUUAGUAUCCUACCAUGAGAUUGUUCGUGCCACUGAAAAUUUCAAUGAGGACAACCUACUUGGUAUUGGAAGUUUUGGCAAAGUUUUCAAGGGCCAACUAGAUGAUGGUUUUGUGGUUGCAAUAAAAGUGCUCAAUAUGCAAGUCGAGCAGGCCGUGAGGAGUUUUGAUGCUGAAUGUCAAGUGUUGCGCAUGGCUCGACAUCGCAACUUGAUACAAAUAUUGAAUGCGUGUUCCAGCCUGGAUUUCAAGGCACUGCUUCUUCAGUACAUGCCCAAUGGUAGCAUGGAGACACACUUGCACAACGAAAAUAGGGAACCACUAAGAUUCAUGCAGAGAUUGGACAUUAUGCUUGGCGUGUCAGAGGCAAUGGAGUACCUGCACCAUCAUCAUUUCCAAGUUGUCCUGCACUGCGACCUGAAGCCUAGCAAUGUGUUGUUCGAUGACGACAUGACGGCGCAUGUUGCCGACUUUGGCAUUGCAAAGUUACUUCUACGUGAUGACAACUCCAUGGUUUCAGCAAGUAUGCCGGGGACAAUUGGGUACAUGGCCCCUGAGCUAGCAUUCAUGGGAAAGGCAUCACGAAAGACUGACAUGUUCAGCUUCGGGAUCAUGUUGCUUGAAGUCUUCACAGGGAAGAGGCCCAUGGACGCUAUGUUCGUCGGGGAAUCUAGCCUCAGAUGGUGGGUUUCGCAAGCAUUUCCAGCAAAGCUCGUUGAUGUUUUGGAUGAGAAGCUACAACAGGGUGAAGAAAUGAACCUUGCAUUCCAUCACCAAACAAUUAAUACUUCUUCGUCGACAUCCUCCAUUGCCUGCAAUGGAAACUUUCUUGUGUCGAUAUUCGAACUGGGUCUAGAGUGUUCGGACGACUCUCCUAGUCGGAGGGCAAGCAUGAGCGACGUGGUCGUGAGGCUCAAAAACAUUAAGAAGGAUUACUUUGCUUUCAUGGUGGCAACUCAAAGCGCGCAACAACAUUCAUGAGAUACUGUUUUAGUGCAUCUAUGUAGUGCAUAAUUUUCAGUUUUCCACUAACAAUAUUUAUAUGGUAGUUAUUUUAGGAAAAUAACAAUACACCGGUGGAAAGAGGAUUUUCUGCAACUGGUUGCCGGUGCAAGUAAUAUUCUCUCUCCUCUUCAUUUUUUUUCUGAUUCUCAAAAAAUGUGAAAUGAUUCAGGAAUGUUAGUAAUGCUAUGUAAUGCUUACUUGUAAAGAUUCGUCCAAUAAUGUAAUGAUUUGUGAUUUAGAUAAAAAUGACAAGAUAUAAAUGAAUAGUGUGUUUGUAUCUUGAGUUUGAUUGGAUAAUUCUUGAAAGUUGACAUGCCUUAUGUAUUUGUGUUGGCUUGUGCUCUGCUAUAUAAUGGGGCAGUGAGCACACGCAUAUUCAGUUAUUCACUGAUUACUUGCGCACAUAGGUACACACGAGUAAAAAUUGUUAGCACCAAUCAGGAACCGUAUAGAUGCUUACUGACACUGCCUGUUGUGAUUUACUUCCUGCACGACAAGAGAGUUCUUCAUUCAUGGGUGGCUGACAGGGCAUCUUCAGUUUAAGCUGCCGUUGUCGUUACUAUGUGGCUUGAAUCUGAAUUUGCACUAAAACUGGUAGUGAAGUUCUUAUUUUCGUCUGGUUUAGAUCCCUAGACCUUUGUGUCACAUGUGGAGCGUCAACAAAAGUCCGUGCGUUGUCUAUGAUGUUGCACAAAUGUUAUUUCUGCAGUAAGAAGGUUCCAGAGGGAAUAGCUUCAAAGUUAUUUCUGCAGAAGCUUUUUUCCUUUCAGUAAACAGGAAUGCAAAUGCUCCAUUUGCGGCUUCAGAAGGUGGUGGUGUCUUCAUAAGAAGAUCAUCUGAUCCCCCAUUCGGAACUUCCUUCGGAAUUUUGAAGUCUUUCG